GGGAGCUCGUCCAGCCCCGCUCCGCUCGCUCGCCCGUCGCCCGCGCUGUCCCUGCCGCCAACCGCGCCGGCCCCCGCUCUGCGCCCGGGUCAUCGAUCAGCACAGAAACUCAGAAGACAAAGAUAAGUCCUUCCACAAUGUCCUACAGACGAGAGCUAGAGAAGUACCGUGACCUGGAUGAAGAUGAAAUCCUGGGAGCCCUCACAGAAGAAGAGCUCAGGACUCUGGAAAAUGAGCUGGAUGAGUUGGACCCUGAUAAUGCACUGCUGCCUGCAGGCCUGAGGCAGAAGGAUCAGACCACCAAGGCGCCCACAGGCCCCUUUAAAAGGGAGGAGCUCUUGGAUCACUUGGAAAAGCAAGCAAAGGAGUUUAAGGACCGAGAAGACCUGGUCCCCUACACAGGGGAGAAACGAGGAAAAAUCUGGGUCCCUAAGCAGAAGCCAAUGGAUCCUGUGCUGGAAACUGUCACACUAGAGCCGGAGCUGGAGGAGGCCUUGGCAAAUGCCUCAGAUGCAGAACUCUGUGACAUCGCAGCUAUUCUGGGCAUGCACACGCUCAUGAGCAACCAGCAGUACUACCAGGCCUUGGGCAGCAGCUCCAUCGUGAACAAGGAAGGACUCAACAGUGUGAUUAAACCUACACAGUACAAGCCUGUGCCUGAUGAGGAACCAAAUUCAACAGAUGUAGAAGAAACACUGGAGCGGAUAAAGAACAAUGACCCGGAUCUUGAAGAAGUUAACCUCAAUAAUAUCCGGAAUAUCCCCAUCCCCACCCUUAAGGCAUAUGCAGAAGCCCUGAAAGAAAAUUCCUAUGUGAAGAAAUUCAGCAUCGUUGGGACACGGAGCAAUGACCCUGUGGCGUUUGCCCUUGCUGAAAUGCUCAAGGUGAACAAGGUGCUGAAGACACUGAAUGUGGAAUCCAACUUCAUUUCCGGAGCUGGGAUCCUGCGCCUGGUGGAAGCCCUUCCGCACAACACAUCCUUGGUGGAACUGAAAAUCGAUAACCAGAGCCAGCCCCUGGGCAACAAAGUAGAAAUGGAGAUCGUGAGCAUGCUGGAGAAAAACGCAACACUUCUCAAAUUUGGCUACCACUUUACCCAGCAGGGACCCCGGCUGCGAGCAUCCAAUGCCAUGAUGAAUAACAAUGACCUUGUGAGGAAGAGGAGGCUUGCAGACUUGACGGGGCCCAUCAUUCCCAAAUGCCGCAGUGGCGUCUAGUGUGUGGCGGUGAAGACCAUGCCUUUGAACUGGACAUGUUCUACUGACCAUCUGUGCUCUGCAGUGGAGACCAGGAGGCAAAAUGCUGGCACAAAUCUUUUGUGGUUCAGUUCUUAUGCACUAAGGUUUUAGGUUAAAUAGUGGUUGUAGUUGAAAAUUUUAUAAAAUAUGGGUAAUGUGAAGUUUUUCUUUAGUCAUAGAAGUUCAGUAUGGUUAUUAAAAACAAAGAAGCCCUCAAACUGGCAGAUCCUCCUGCAGAUGAUGUGACAGCAGCAGUGACUUAACCCCAGAAACCCUGAUUGGUGGCCUUGCUGUGCGGUGUUUCAAGUAAUGUAUAACACAACAUGGCACACAUAAACAGCACGCUCUUUGACUAGUUUGGGAAGUAUUAUAAAACACUUUAUUACAAAUUUGAUCUUAGCUAUUUAGCAAAAAAGAACAACGAAUCACUCUUCACUUACCCUCCUUUAAAUUUUAAGAACCUCAAGAUUAAAGUUGCCAAAUUGGUUACUGAAUCAAAACCACAAUUUUACCCCCAAGAAAGACAGACAGACUGAAGUCAUAGACUGCUAGAAAUCAAAAAACAAGAUUCCUUUUGCUGGAUAUGGGGAAAAUGGUAGAAAAAGGCAACAAUGAAAUUUCAAGACUCAAAAAUCACCCUAGACAACAAACAUAUUCCUCAGUGUUUUUUACGAACAUCUGUGAUGUAUUUAUAAUUGAACACUGGAGUCAGAAAGACAGUUUCCCUGAUGAAUGGAUGUGAAAGCCUGUGGCCAAAUGCUUGCUGCAUGGCGGGGAAAUGGCUUUGGUGAGGCCACUGCAAGGGUGAGUUUCUAGUCCAUUGUGGCUAUGGUAUUUGGCAUGGCCAAGCUUACAAACUUCAACGUCCUGUCUCGUCACUUACUAGACAAAUCAAUGCUGAUCUUAGGCCUGCAAAUGAAGUACCUGAAGGACAAUAAUGCAAAAAAUCUAGGUAUUAAAAAAUGAGGGGGGCUGGGGAUUUAGCUCAGCGGCAAAGCGCCUGCCUGGCAAGUGCAAGGUCGUGAGUUCGAUUCCUGGUACCAGAAGAAAAACAAAACAAAACAAAACAACAACAACAAAAAAGACAUUAGGAAAUCCUGGUGAAAUUACCUAAAGAUGACUAUUCUAAAAAUGUAAUUUUGGUGUUUCUACUGAAUCCCUUUUUAACACCAUACACAUCAUUUGGCAGCCAGCAAAAAUGUCAAGCCACACUACCCUUGUGCCUUUUAAUAUACCACGGUGCCAGUUUAACUAAUAUUUUUGUUUGCUGCUUUGGGCAGUUACUUUUAUUAGGGAUUCAGCAGAUCGUAUGGUAACAGACAAGGCCAAAGAGUGGAUGAGCACAGAUUAUGAGGCUUCUGAUGAAAAACGCAAAGUCUUGCACACUGAACUAUAAUGAUAUAGACAGUACAGGGUAACUAGAGGUGGAGCCAGGGCCUUACCACUAUGAAGAGUGUCUACUGAGGCUGCAAAUGGGCCCAGAAGUGGCACCACGCUGCAGGGUGGCCAUCCCCACUUGGCUUCUCCUUGAAACACAAUUGCAGCUGCAUUCUGCAUCACUGGAAACUGCGACAUUAUAUUAAAUCUGUUGGUCUAUG